AUGGGUUCUAGCCUGGUUCAAGAAUACCCAGCCAAACCGACGAUGAAUAAGAUACCCAGCUGCACCUUGACCCAUAUGGCUUAUUUGGCACGACUAUUUGUGGCCGAACUGCUCGGGCUUGGACUCAUUCUAUUUGUCAUUGUCAUUUAUAAACCGGGUGAUAAACUUGCGGCUCCAGUGCCGUGUGUGGUCGGUGCAGUAUUCGCUUGGGUGGUUUGUGUUUUCGGUCCAAUCAGUGGAGCACAAGUCAACCCGGCCGUCUCUUUGGCUCUCAUCCUCACCCGCCGUCUGUCUGUGGUGCACGGGAUUGUGUGUAUUGUAGCACAGAUUCUUGGUGCCACAUGUGGAGUGCUUCUCGGUCGUAUUGCUGGACCCGCGAACGUCACAAAUGUGCCGAAUGUGGGCAUGACAAUCCGAAAUCCAGACGUCAGUGUACCUCAAGCAGUCGGUUUGGAAGUGUUUGCCACCAUGAUACUGGUCGGUAUCGUGCUUGCCGUUUCCGAUGAGUUCCGCGGCAAACCGUGGACCGUAGGCAACCUGAGCGUGUUCCCGAUCAUGUUCGGUAUCACGCUAUUUAUGUUGGCCUCCGUCGUAGGACCCUAUACUGGAGGAAGUAUGAACCCGGCUCUCAGUCUCGGAGGAGCUCUGGCAAAUUUGAACUUCAAAGAAAUCUGGAUCUAUAUCAUCAGUCCACUGACCGGUUCCAUAAUCGUAACUCUGCUCUACGAGUUGCUACUCAGUGACGGUGCUUCAUUGGCCCGAUUGAAGGCUAUGGUCAAAGAAGCAGAUUUCGAUCGCAAAAAGAACUACACCAUAGACGGACCGAUGGACGAAGAAGACGAAAUGUGA